AUGUCGCGCUCGUCCUACGACCGAUACCUCACCAUCUUCUCGCCCGAUGGCAGGUUGUAUCAGGUGGAAUAUGCGUUCAAGGCGAUCAACACUGCAGGACUCACCAGCAUCGCUGUGCGAGGCAAGGACUGCUCCGUUGUCGUUGGCCAGAAGAAGGUGCCUGACAAGUUGAUCGAUGCCUCGAGCGUGACGAACAUCUUCAAUCUGACGCCCGAGAUCGGGUGCAUCAUGACCGGCCGUGUUGCGGAUGCACGUGCACAGGUGCAGCGGGCGAUGAUGGAGGCGGCCGACUUCAAGUACAAGUACGGAUACGCCAUUACUCCCGACCUGCUCGCCAAGCGCAUGGCGAACAUGAACCAGGUGUACACGCAGCGUGCCGCCAUGCGCCCCUACGGCGUAAGCAUGAUCCUGGUCGGUAUCGACGCCGAACGUGGACCGCAGAUUUUCAAGAUCGAUCCGGCAGGCUACUUUGUUGGCUUCCGUGCCACCGCUGCGGGCGUCAAGCAAACGGAGGCGACCAAUUUUUUGGAAAAGCAGUUCAAAAAGUCGUCGACCAACUCCACCGAUGCAGCGUCCGCAAAUGAUGCAGCGGCGAUCGAGGCCGAACAGGUGUCGGCGAGUCUGUCGCUGGAACAGACACUGGACUUGGCAGUCAACACGCUCGCCACCGUCUUGGCACAGGAUCUCAAGCCAAGUGAACUCGAAGUCGCCGUGGUGGGCGGUCCCAAUGCUGCUGCUGCCCAGCUCGACGACACCGCCGACUCGGCAGGACUGCCCAAGAACGUGCAGGAGGAAAGGAGGUUUAGAAAGCUCACCGAGACGCAGAUUGGCGAAAUCCUCGACCGUCUCGCCGAACGCGACUAG